AUGGCAGCCGCAGACUUUGGUGCAGUGACUAUUCUUUUCGUUUUGAUUGCAUGUCAUUUAGCUGCAUCAGCAGGUGUUAAUAGUGGGUUCAGUGCCAACCUUAUCCAGCGAGACUCUCCAAAUUCACCAUUUUCUUCCAAGAGCUUCAAUAAAGCUUUUGGACGCAGACGCUCCAUGAGACCAGUAUUCUAUCCAAACAGCGCACAAGUAAGACGUGACAAGGGCCAGUAUCUGAUGAAGCUCUCGAUUGGAAAUCCACCGUUUGAUGUGUACGGCAUUGCCGAUACAGGCAGUGACCUCGUGUGGACACAAUGUGUGCCAUGUCAUGGCUGCUACAAGCAGCUUAAUGCCAAGUUCGAUCCCGAUAAAUCCUCAACAUAUAGUGACCUUCCUUGUGAUGCACAACAAUGUCAUGCAAUUGGGACUGGGACAUGUUCACCCCAACACACCUGCAAUUACACUUAUGGGUAUGGAGGUGCUGAAUUGACCCAAGGAGUCUUGGCUAAGGAGACAAUUACCAUAACAUCCACCUCAGGGGAGGCAACUUCCCUGAAAGAUAUUGUGUUUGGUUGUGGACAUAACAAUACUGGGACUUUUAAUGAAAAUGAAAUGGGAAUAGUUGGCCUGGGAGGAGGGGCCUUAUCACUUGGGGGCCACAAAUUCUCCUUCUGUUUGAUGCCAUUUCAUACUGAUCCUAGUAUUGAGAGCAAGAUCAGUUUUGGGGAAGCUAGUUUAGUAUCAGGGGAAGGUGUGGUUUCAACACCUUUGGUUUCCAAAGAAGACAAGACCCCAUAUUUUGUGACAGUUGAAGGAAUUAGUGUUGGAGAUAAGCUUGUGCCUUUUAGUUCAUCAGGGAAUGUUUCAAAAGGCAACAUGUUCAUGGACACAGGCACGCCUCCCACACUCAUUCCACAAGAUUUUUAUGACCGCUUGGUAGCAGAAGUGAAAAGUCAAAUUCCAAUGACACCGGUAGAAAAUUAUUCAAGUUCGGGUUUUCAGCUUUGCUACAAAAGCAAAACCAAUCUCAAAGGACCAAUAUUAACUGUACAUUUCCAGGGUGGUGCUGGUGUGAGAUUGUUACCAAAACAAACCUUCAUUCCACCAAGAGAGGAGGUUUUCUGCUUUGCAAUGCAGAAUGUCACCAGUGAUGGUGGUGUUUAUGGAAACUUUGCCCAGUCAGAUUUCUUCAUUAGUUAUGACCUAGAAAGCAGCGUGGUGUUUUUUAAGCCAACUGAUUGUACAAAAGAAUAA